AUGGCAGCGGGACCAAUCGCCGAACGUAAUCAAGAUGCCACAAUAUACGUUGGCGGUCUUGACGACAGAGUUACUGAAAGUUUGCUAUGGGAACUAUUCGUACAAGCCGGACCCGUGGUGAAUGUCCACAUGCCAAAAGACAGAGUGACACAAACUCAUCAAGGAUAUGGAUUUGUUGAGUUCAUGGGUGAGGAGGAUGCAGAUUAUGCCAUAAAGGUGAUGAAUAUGAUAAAGCUGUAUGGUAAACCGGUGAGGGUGAAUAAAGCAUCAGCUCAUCAGAAGAACUUAGAUGUGGGUGCCAAUGUGUUCAUAGGAAACUUGGAUCCAGAAGUCGAUGAGAAGCUCCUAUAUGAUACAUUCUCUGCAUUUGGAGUUAUAUUACAGACACCUAAGGUCAUGAGAGAUCCCGAGACUGGUAAUUCAAAAGCCUUUGCGUUCAUAAACUUUGCAUCGUUCGAAGCAUCAGAUGCAGCUAUAGAAGCUAUGAAUAACCAGUACCUAUGUAACAGACCUAUAUCUGUGUCAUAUGCGUUCAAGAAGGAUGUCAAAGGUGAAAGGCACGGAUCUGCUGCUGAGAGGUUACUCGCCGCCCAAAACCCACUAUCGCACGCGGACCGUCCUCAUCAACUGUUCGCGGACGCGCCACCCACAAUGCUGGGUCCAGUUCUACUGGCGCCGCCGCCACCGCCAGCACCAUCACCAAUGCCACCGCAAGGACCUCCGAUGAACGCGAGACCACCGCCACCACUGCCAAUGUCCGCGCCACCACCACCCCCCUCAUCCAUGCCACCACCUGGACCUCCACCCCCUCCUGGACCCCCACCACCCCCUCCACCAUUCCAUCACUUCCCCCCUCCGCCAUUCGGGCCCCCCGGUUUCGGACCCCCGCCUCCACCCGGAGCAAGACCCCCGCCACCAUGGAGACCCCCUCCCCCUUCUUUCAGACCCCAAUUCCCACCCCGUGGUCCACCACCAUUUGGACAUCCCCCGUUCCCCCCACACCCGCCUGAACCAAAUUAUAAUUAUUAA